AUGGUAGGCGGGCAAUAUCCCUACAAUAGCGGAUAUGUACCUGACGCCAGUAACCAGCGGAGCAAAGCCCAGCUCAUUGUCGGAAUCGACUUUGGUACGACGUUCUCGGGUGUCGCCUUUGCCUUUGCGACAAACACAGAAGCGAAAGAGGACAUUAUCGUCGAAUGGCCUGGUGCUGGUACUCAGACAAAGCAAAAGAUCCCGACAGUGCUUUACUACGACCAACACCAGCAAGUGGUAGGAUGGGGUGCCGAUAUUGCCGACGCGCUCGCACCCACCGGUUAUCCCAAGCCUGGUGUCCAGAAGGUUGAAUGGUUCAAGCUUCAGCUGAUGAUGAGCGGAAACACAUACAUCGAUCCCAUCAACCUGCCUCCGCUUCCCCCAGGCAAGAGUGAGAUCGACGUCGCCGCCGACUAUCUGUUCAAGCUGCGCCAGGCUAUGCGCAACUACCUGCAGAAGACGCUCGGUGAAGUCUUUACCCGUGAAGAGCGCAACAUUCGCUACUUCUUGACCGUACCCGCUAUUUGGAACGAUGCUGGUAAGGCAGCCACCCGUGCUGCUGCCAUUCAAGCUGGUUUCCUUCGCGACGAGAACGACAAUCGCCUGACUCUGGUCACUGAACCCGAAGCUGCCGCCAUGUUCUGCUCCAAGACUGGUCUGCUCAACCUCAAGAUUCAAGAUGCUGUUCUGAUUGUGGAUUGUGGUGGUGGUACCGUAGAUUUGAUUGCAUAUGAAGUCGAGGAGGAGCACCCCUUCACCGUCGCAGAAUGCACUGCUGGAUCUGGUGACUCUUGUGGUUCGACAGCAUUGAACCGCAACUUCUCCAACAUUUUGAGGGCAAAGAUUCGUAAGAUGAAGCUUCCCGAUGGUUCAAAGACUGCUGGCCGUGUCUACGCAAAGUGUAUCAUGGACUUCGAAAACAGAAUCAAGGCCGAUUUCCGCAACAACGGUCAGAAGUGGGCUGUUGAUGUCGGUAUCGAGGCCGAGUUCCCAGAAGCCGGCAUCGAGGAAGGUUACAUGACCUUCACCAAUGAGGAGAUCCUGCAGUGCUUCGAGCCUGUCGUCAACCGCAUUCUCGAACUUGUGCGAAACCAGAUUAUUGCCAUCCAGGCUCAGAACCGCCAUUUACAGAAUGUUCUCGUUGUUGGUGGCUUCGGUUCAUCAGAAUAUCUUUUCCAACAGAUCAAACUCCACGUUCCUCCGCAAUUCCAGUCCAAGGUCGUCCGACCUAUGGACUCGGUCGCCGCCAUUGUCAAGGGCGCCGUCACUGCUGGUAUUACCGAGCGUGUUGUCACAUCUCGUGUCGCACGUAGACACUACCUCAUGGCUACACUUCAACCCUUCAAGGAAGGCCACCACCCGGAGCAAUAUCGUGUACCCAGUCUGGACGGCAAGGACCGUUGCAAGUACACUCGUCAAAUCUUCGUGCAGAAGGGCCAGCGUGUCAAGACAGGCGAACCUGUCAAGGUCUCGUUCUUCCGCCAAGUCGCACCUGGCGCUACCCUCAUGUACGAGGAUGUACUGUACGCCUGCGAUGAGGACGUAUGUCCUGAAUAUACCAAAGAUCCUCGCAUCAAGGAAGUUGUUACUCUCACCUCCGACUUGAGCCGCAAGAACCUCGAGAAAGACUUCGAGCGCAUGGACACACCUCAAGGAACUUUCUACCGUGUCUACUUCGAUAUUUAUCUCACCCUCGAUGGCACAGAAUUCAACGCCGAGCUGGUGUGUCAAGGCGAGGUCAUGGGACGUUGCUCAGCCAGAUUCAGAUGA